ACAUCACAAUUCUCCACCACUUAAUCACAUAUCCACAUUCCUCCCUUGUUAAACUCAAUAGCUAGCAGAAAUGUUGAUACAAGCCCUCUUUUUCUUUUCACUCCUUGUUGCCUCAACUCAAGCUUUAGACUUCUGCGUGGCGGAUCCUUCAUUGCCUGUUGGACCUGCAGGUUACUCUUGCAAGAACACUGCUGACGUCACAGUUGAUGAUUUUAUUUUCAGCUUAGCAGCUCCUGGCAACACUUCUAACAUCAUUUCUGCGGCAGUAACCCCUGCUUUUCCACCCACGUUCCCUGGUGUGAAUGGUCUUGGCAUUUCAAUUGCCCGUCUGGAUUUCGCUGUGGGUGGUGUUAUCCCAUUUCACACGCACCCUGGAGGAUCUGAAAUCCUUGUUGUCAUACAGGGGCAGCUCUGUGCUGGCUUCAUUUCUUCAUUGGAGAAUAAAGUCUAUUUCAAAACUCUUGUAAAAGGAGAUGUGAUGGCAUUCCCACGAGGUUUGUUGCAUUUCCAGUUUAAUUCCGGGAAGAGUCCUGCCCUAGCUUUUGUUAGCUUUAGUAGUCCUACCCCUGGUCUUCAAGUCACUGACUUUGCAUUCUUCAAGAAUGAUUUGCCAACUGAAAUUGUUGCCAAAACCACUUUCCUUGACAUUCCACAAAUCAAGAAGCUCAAAGCAAUCCUUGGUGGCACCAAUUAGAUUACCGUGAAGUUGUUUAGACGGAAUUUGGAGUCAGUCAAUUAGUUCGUUCUUUCACAAAGCUGUGAUCCAUUUUAUGUUGCUCCUCUGUUUUGCAGUUCAAGUACUUUUGUUUUAAGGUCAGGAUUGAAGUCUCUAAAUAAUGAGAAUGAGUUAGUGGAGUAGUUAUCCGCAGUUCAGUCUCCGUUGGUAUUUCAGCUGUCCUAAUGAUGGCUUUUCUCGUAUUUCCUCUUGUUGUCAAUCUGAAACUCUCAUGCCGAAAUCUGCCUGUUCUGGAAAUGAAAUGAAAUGUGCUGUUGUCGUAAAUGAA